GCAGGCUGCCCUCCUCGAGGCCCACGAACAGCACUUCCGGCGGGAGCCCCUGGCGCCCCUGGCACUGCUGCCGCUGCUGCAGCGGGCGGAGGAGGUGGCGGAGGAAGCCGCCGCCGCAGCGGCCGCCGCCGCCAGACGUGGCCGGAAGCGCGCCGGCGACGACAGCAGCAGCAGCGACGAAGAUAGUGAUAGCAGCGGCGAGGGUGAUGGUAAGAAGUCGGGCGGUCGCGGGAAGGGGAACCGUCCUUCCUCGCCGUCCUCUUCGUCUUCAUCGUCUUACGUGUCAGUGGCUUCCAAGGAGGAUGAGGGCAUGGAGGUCCAGGGGGCCGAGGAUGCUGCCACCAGCGGCGACGCCGGCGGCGGAGGCGGAGCAGCCGGCAGCUCUCGGCCCGGCGGGGUGGCGGCGGCGACAGCGAUGGAUGACGCCUGGCUUGAGCGACGAGUACGACAGCACCGGGAGAGGCUGACGGCGGCGGUGGCGGAGCUGCCCGCGGAGGUGGUGAAGGCCGCCGCCGCCGCUGUGAAGACCGCCGCCGCCGCCAGUGGCGCUGCCGCAGCGGCGCCGUCGGGUCGUACGACAGCCGCCGAGGCGACGGCGGUGGUGUGCGACGCUGUGACGGAGGCGUUCUCUGCGCUGUCUUCCUGGCGACUGGGGCUGCAGUGGCUGGCAGUGCUAGCGGAGGGCACGGGCGCACCGAAGCAGAUGGGUGGCCAGCGGUACAGCCUGCCCGCCCUAUACAUCGCCGCCGCCAGCCCGCGCUUCUGGACCUCCUCGGUCGCCGCCGCAGCUGCAGCAAUCGCCGCCGCAGGCGCCGCCGCGGGCGGGCUACGGGCGCCGCCGGCGGCUGCGUCGUUGUCGCUGGGGGAGAUCUUGAUCGGCGGCGUGUUGGGACCCGCACCCUCGGCGGCGGCAGCGGGAGCUGCGGGCUCGUCGGCGGCAGGGGGGGCAGGAGGUGCCAGCCGGGCUGCUCUCCGAAACCUUUCCGAGGAGGAUCUGGAGCUACUGCUGGGGGACUUGUCGGCUCUGGCGCGGGAGGCGCUGCUGCGGGGCUGGAUGCCCUCGGCCGGGGUCAUGCGGGCCAGCAGGGGCCUGGAGGAGCUGCGGCGGCGGCACCGACUGGAGAGGGCCGCACAGCAGCAGCAGCAGCAGCAGGCGGGGGGUGUUGAGGGCGACGACACGUCACCGGUGCGGAGGCGGCUCGCGGCGCAGGGGCUCACCAGCCCCCCAACUGCCGUCAAGAUGCAAAGCAUGCUGGAAAGACUGGGCGGAUUGAACCCCAUACCCGCGCCAAAGCUCCUCCAACCCAACGACGACUCCAGCAACCCCCAACCACAACAACAACAGCAGCAGCCGGCAGCAACGGGGGCGGCAGCCGGCCGCAGGGGCGCUGCUGCUGCUGCUGGCAGCGGCAGUGGAGGGGCGCAUGCGGCCGCACUCAAGCUGCCCUCCUCCGGCAUGACUCAGACCAAACGCCAGCGCGACCAGGCGCUGCUGGCCGCAGUGCAGCAGCAACGUGCGGCAGCAGCGGCAGCAGGGUCGGCUGCUGCUGCUGGUGCUGGUGCUGGCAGCGGCAGUGGCGGUGCCUGCUCCUCCGCUGCUGCCGGGUCGGGCAGUCUGGCUGAGGCGGCGGUGGAGGUGCUGUGGGGGGCGCUGCGGGAGCUGCUGGGCGCGUGUCCCUUCCGCUUGCCAGGUGCCAGCGUCUUCACGUUCCGCGACGCCCCGGGUCUGCAGCGGCGGCUGGUGGGCGCCCCCUCCCUGGCGCUGCACACCGCCCUGGCUCAGCCGGAGCUGGUGCUGCAGGAGCUGGUGCCGGGUGUGCACGCGGGUCAGGAGGACGCGGCGCUGGCCUACCAGCUGCUGGUGGGGUGUCGCGAGGGGGCGGACCUGCGCGACUGGCUGGCGGACUUUUGUGCGGCGUCGGGGCUGGGGAGGAUGCAGGACGUGCAAGACGAGCAGGAGGAGGAGCCAGAGGCACCGGAUGCGGACGCGCAGGGGGACCGACCCAUGGGUCGCUCUCGCCACUCGCGACGGCGGCAAGCGCCCAGGAAGCGCAAGGCCGCUCCAAAGCAGGAGAUGGUCCUAGCGCUGGACGGCCCCCAAGCGGAGGCGGCGGUGGACGCGCUCGCUUGCCGCUUCGAGCAGGCGGUUCGGGAGCUGGAGGCGGUGGGGCUGUGUCGCUUCACAAAGCGACGCAAGGGGCUGUACGUGCUGCGGACGUACUUCCCACCGGAAACGGUUGCCUGAGUGUACGGCACAGGAUGAAGCUGUAGCUGCUGCGAAAUGGGGUGAAAUGUUUAUUGCUGGUUGGGGUGGUUUGGGCUGGUUGUCAGAGUAGAGUAUAUGCAGCUGUUGUUGCAGUGAGUGGUGUGGAAGCACCCGCAGUGUUGUGAUUGAGGGAACCAAGACAUCAGCAAGGACCGCGAUUUGCGUGAUAAGAACUCCACAAGGAUGUCAAAUUAGACGCAUAUCCUACUUUUCUACUAGAC